AUGCUGAUCCCCGCACAGUCGGCACCGGCGCCUCCGUUCUCCUCUCUCCGCUCCAUAUCGUCACACUACCUCCUCCUUCCGUCCCACUUCCUUCCCCCUGGCGGCGCCAGCGUCCUUCCCCCGCUCCGCCGCGGGGACCUCGCCAUCCGCAUGGGUGGCGGGCCGCGCACCUACCCCGGCGGCGUGUCCAAGUGGCAGUGGAAGCGGAUGCAGGCCAAGAAGGCCCGGCAGCUCCUCAAGGCGCGCCUCGCCCGCGAGCGCCAGCUCUACGAGAUGCGCAAGCGCGCCGAGCUCCGCGACGCCGUCGCGCACCUCGAGCGGCCCUGGGACCCGGACUCCUCCUCCGCCGCCGACGCGUCCGCCGUGGCUCCCAACCUGCUCUCCGUCGCGGUCGAGGACCAGCUCAGGGCGCUCGCGGACCGUUUCCACCGCCCCGGCGGCGUCGACCUCUGGAACGACCGCGACGGGCCCCGGGUCUUCGCGUCCCCGGCCACAGGCGCGGCCUCCGCCAGGUUCUUCCCCAGGAACGCCUUCCACAGCAUCCAGCCCUACGCGCUCAUCAGCGACGGCGGGGAGGCGACCGUGCUGCGUGGCGGUGCGCAGGGUGUUCGUGAGAAUGCCGCGGAGGACGAAGCAUAUAGUGGCAUUACUGAUCGCGAGGCGGUUGAACUCACAGAAAGGGAUGGAACAUGGGAGCCGGUGAAUGCCCUCAGCGACGCCGAUGACAGCAUUGCCGGUGACUGGACCUCGGAUGAUGAUGAUGACAGCGAUGCUAUUUCUGAAUCAGAGGACAUUGGAGAUGUCGGUUCUUGGCGCGAGCAAGGAACCGUGGUUAGGAGAAAUGGAAGGAGCAAUGGUGUGGCAAGAUGGGAAGCUGCAGGUGCAGUGGCUGCCGGCAGCAACAACGACAGAGGUUGGAGUGGUAAUGCUUUCUUCUCGGACUCAGAACGACCAAGAGAAGGUCAUCGUGAGCAAAGAUGGCAGGAGAGAAGCACCAGUGCAAGUCCAAGGAAGCAGGCCAGUGGGAGAUGGACUGGCUUGAAGGCCACAGCAGGCAGCCAUGUCAGGCAGAGGGGGAGAACUGGUGCUGGUUCGUUCUCUGAAUCUGAGGUGAUCCGCGGUGGCUCGGAGCCGAAAUGGAGAGCAAGCAAGGGCAAGAGAGAUGACACAAGGAAUGGUGCCGGCAGGUGGAAUGCUCCUAAGAAGGAUUGGAUGGCUGAUGGGUUUGAUUCAAAUCCAGACAGUGCAAGAGGGAGGGAACUGGAACCAAGACGGGGAGCUAGAAAUAAUGCCAACGGCGGGGAGAAGCUGUUGAAGUACUUGAGGGGUGACCCGCACGCAAACAGCAGCAAUGGCUUUGCGGAGGAUUUGGAGGCACCAAAAUGGAAGCCGAGAAGAAUGAAUCGAGCUAGGAACAACAGUGGUGGCAGAGAUGAUGACAUGGGUGGGAGAUUCAGGCGAGGUGAGGAUGGCAGAAAGGACGGUGGACGUAAGACGAGCAGGAAUGGAGGACGACGGCUCUGGGGAGACGAAUACUCGCUACGCCCAACGUCGGAACUGCGCGGCUCUUGGCCGGAGACGGGAUCGGAUGGAUUGUAG